AUGAGCGACGGCUCUGAUCCCUUUGCCGGCGGCAGUCCUGACGACAAGAUCAACGCCUGGCUCGAGCUGACCAAGAACGAUGGCGGCCACCUCAAAGCCGGCGAUUGGAUGGCCGCCCUUGCCCCCUACCUCCGCGUCCAAUCCACCUCCCCCUCCAUGCCCCAUCCCUCCGUCACCUUCACCUACACCGUCCAGUCAGACCACUGCAACCGGCUGCAGAGCCUCCACGGCGGCGCCGCCGCCACCCUCUUCGACUUUUGCACCACCAUGCCCUUAGCCCUCGUCAACCGCCCGGGCUUCUGGCAGUUUCUCGGCGUCACCCGCACCCUCAACGUUACCUACUUUCGCCCGGCCCGCGCCGGCGAAGAGGUCCUCAUAGAGUGCCAGAUCCUUCAGAUUGGCAAGAGGCUCACUUCCCUGCGUGGCGUCAUGACGAGGAAGUCCGACGGCCAGAUUCUGUCCAUUUGCGAACAUGGCAAGGUGAAUAUCGAUCCCGAGCCUAACUUAUAG